CGCUCGGCACCUCGGCGCCUCGGCUCCCCACCACACUCUUGCCCGGUGGUGCGGGGCGGCGGCGGGUGUGGGGGCCAACCAGUCGGCCAGCAACGUCGACCUCCGGCCCGGACGCACCUUGGCAUCGCACCCAACGCCGACUCGCGCAGUUAAUAUGAGCAGCGCGCCGACUACGUCUCCGCCUUCAUUCCCCGCACAUACCGCAAACUCAAUCACCAUGGGCUCUGUCGACUCUACAGCAUACCAGCGCAAGUGGUGGAAGGAGGCCAACGUCUACCAGCUCUACCCCGCCUCCUUUGCCGACCAUGCCGCCCACGGCCACGGCACGCUCCGCGGCAUCACUGAGCGCGUGCCCUACCUCAAGGAGCUCGGCAUCGACGUCGUCUGGGUCAGCCCCAUCUUCGAGUCGCCCCAGGCCGACAUGGGCUACGACAUUAGCGACUACCGCAAGAUUGACCCCCGCUACGGCGACCUCAACGACUGGGACGCGCUCCGCGACGCAUGCCACGAGCGCGGCAUGAAGCUCGUCAUGGACCUUGUUGUCAACCACUCGUCGGACAAGCACGCCUGGUUCACCGAGUCGCGCGCCGACAAGACCAACCCCAAGCGUGACUACUACUACUGGCACCCUGGAAAGGUCAACGACAAGGGCGAGCGUGUUCCCCCAAACAACUGGCGCUCGCGCUUCGGCCUCGGCUCGGCUUGGCAGUGGGACGAGCAGUCGCAGGAGUACUACUUCCACCAGUUCCUCAAGGAGCAGCCCGACCUCAACUGGACCAACCCCAAGCUCCGCGAGGAGGUGUACGAGAUGAUGCGCUGGUGGCUCGACCGUGGCUGCGACGGCUUCCGCAUGGACGUGAUCAACUUCAUUGCCAAGGCGCCUGGAUGGCCCGACGCGCCCAUCAACGACCCCGAGCAGCCGUUCCAGGCUCCCGGCAACCUCGCGUGGAACCGCCCCGAGGUCCACCCCCUCCUGCAGGAGAUGCACGAGAAGGUGCUCAAGGACUAUGACGCGUUCUGCGUCGGCGAGGCUCCCGGCAAGGAGGGCCCCGAGUCGUUCGCCGUCUACUCGCGCCCCGAGAACAACGAGCUCCAGAUGGUCUUCAACUUCCACACGCAGUACUUUGACCGCGCCGUGUACGAGAAGAAGUGGAACAAGGACUGGAAGCUGUCCAAGUUGAAACAGAUCUUCACCCAGUGGCAUACUGAGCUGCCCGCGUACGGCGGCUGGAUGGCCAACUACCUCGAGAACCACGACCAGCCCCGCAUGGUGACCCGUGUGGGCUCAGAGUUGCCCGAGUGGCGCGCCAAGUCGGCCAAGCUCAACGCCCUCUUCCACACGUCGCUCACGGGCACAAUCUUCGUGUUCCAGGGCCAGGAGAUUGGCCAGGUCAACCUGCCCCGCGAGUGGCCCGAGGAGGAGUACAAGGACGUGUCGUCGGUGCAGCGUCUGGCUGCUGAGCGCGCUUGGUGCGACGCACAGGGCAUCACUGGCGAGGCGAAGGAGGCGUACAUUACCAAGAUCCGCACCGACCUGCGCGAGGCCGGCCGCGAUAACGGCCGCACGCCGAUGCAGUGGGACGCGACCGAGUACGCCGGCUUCUCCAAGGCCAAGCCAUGGAUGCGCGUCGUGGACGACUACCCCCAGUGGAAUGUCGCCAGCCAGCGCGCCGACCCCGACAGCGUGUGGUACUUCUACCAGAAGCUGCUCGCCCUGCGCAAGGAGCGCCUCGCGCUCGUGUACGGCACGUUUGUGCCCCUCGACGAGGCGAGCGAGGAGAACUACAGCUACAUCCGCCACGACGAGCACACGGGCGAGAAGCUGCUUGUUCUGCUCAACUUUGCGCGCGGCGAGGGCGGACCCGGCGGCCUCGGCCACGGCACGACCAUCACUGUCGACCCCAAGGCGUGGGGCGUGGACGUCAGCAAGGCGCGCCUGCUUGUUUCCAACGACAGCGCCAAGGUCGGCUCGGGCAUCGACGGCCCCAUCACCCUCGACAACUGGGCCGGCCGCGUCUACGUCUUGGAAGAGGCCAAGCGUCUCCCCAACUAG